AUGGCCGACUCCGUCGAAGUCUUCUCGUCCCAGCCAGUGUCUGUGCCGAUGGCUGAGGUUGGCGCGAGCGAUUCAAGCGCGUCCAAGACAGCCCCUGCGAUCAUGAGGCCGACGUCGUGGAGGGGCAGAAAGUUCUGUCAGCCUCCAGGGAAGUCAGGGCAGGCAGGUAGCGGCAUGUGGAGGUUUGUAGGGCUGCUAGAGCCGGAAGAGAACGCGGAAGCGGCAGCAACCAAGACUGUGGUGUGCCUCAUCCCGAAUGAAGGAGAGUUCUGCGGGAGGAUGAUCAACAUGGGAAAAGAUGGGAGCAACUCGAAUGUUGUGAAGCACCUGCGAGCAAAACACCCCGAAGAAUACAAGUACUUCCUCGAGACCUCCAGCAAAGCGCGGCUGGUGAGCUCCAGGAGGAUAGACGUUCUCGGCCCCAACCCCCACAAGGUUGCUGCUCGAAGUUUUGAGAGGAAGAGGAAGAAGCCCAGGACGGACAAGCAGGGAGACGAUGGACAUGGAUCAGAUGAAACUCAGGUGCUUCCCCUUGCCUUGCUUGUUGGUUUGACGCGAUGCCUGGAGAUCCUCACCGAUGACGAUGUUGCCAACAAGAUGAGCCCCGCCGCGAUCCUCGAGGUUCCCCGCGCGUCCCCUUCCCCUCCCGCUCACGCCCCGUUGCUCACCCAGGUGCUCUGCGAGAAGGGCAACCGAGUGAGGCACCCCCUGUACAUGGGGACCAACUUCAUAGGACGGGAUGUGGAUUGUGACGUCAUCAUCAAGGACAAGGCUGUCUCAAGGAAGCACGUAAGAAUAGACUUGAGCAACAAUCAGGACACGCAGGCGCAUGUGGUGGAUCUGGGUAGCACAAACCCCACGACUAUCCUGAAGCAAGGGAAGCAAGUUCCUCUGCAGAUGCAGACAGUUCACGUGGUCCACCUGCCCUUCAAGUUCUGGCUGGGGACGUCGCAGGAGUUUGGACUCCAGUGA